AUGGGCGGAGUCAGCGGCUUCAGGGCAUCGGACGCUUCAGGAAUGUGCAUCAUGGGACUGUGGGGCAAUAGAGCAUUUGAGAAUAGGAAUCAGUUAUGGAGAGUGACAUUGAUGGGGCAAGAAGCAACGGGCUGGAUCGUGUGGGCAGCUGGGUUAGAUAGCGUUGGAGAUUGGAGACGGUUCCAGAAUGUGAUGUGGACGGCACAUGAAGCGGGGUCUUUGACAGUGUGGGCUGAUAGCGAGAGAGUGCUUGGGUUGAGGAAACGUUGA